GGGGGUGCCGUGCGGCGUGGCGCGGCGCCUGCUUCCGGUCGGCGGGAGCGGCUGGGGCAGAGCGGGCGGCGGCGGCGGCGGCUCCGGUCACGGUGCCUGGGACCCACCAUGAGCAUCCCUCAGCUCCUGCUGUGCCUGUCUCUGUCCAUGCUCUGCAUCUCCUCCAAGCCCACCGAGAAGAAGGACCGUGUCCACCACGAGCCCCAGCUCAGCGACAAGGUCCACGACGACGCCCAGAGCUUCGACUACGACCACGACGCCUUCCUGGGCGCCGAUGAGGCCAAGACCUUCGACCAGCUCACGCCGGAGGAGAGCAAGGAGAGGCUGGGAAAGAUUGUAAGUAAGAUAGAUGAAGACAAGGACGGGUUUGUAACGGUGGAGGAGCUGAAAGCCUGGAUUAAGUUUGCCCAAAAACGUUGGAUCUACGAGGACGUAGAGCGGCAGUGGAAGGGGCACGACCUCAAUGAGGACGGCCUCAUUUCCUGGGAGGAGUAUAAAAAUGCCACCUACGGCUACAUCUUAGACGACCCGGACCCCGACGACGGGUUCAACUACAAGCAGAUGAUGGUGCGGGAUGAGCGGCGCUUCAAGAUGGCCGACAGGGACGGGGACCUGACGGCCACCAAGGAGGAGUUCACGGCCUUCCUGCACCCCGAGGAGUACGACUACAUGAAGGACAUCGUCGUGCAGGAAACCAUGGAGGACAUAGACAAGAAUGGAGAUGGCUUCAUUGACCUGGAGGAGUACAUAGGGGACAUGUACAGCCACGACGGCGACGCCGACGAACCCGAGUGGGUGAAAACGGAGCGGGAGCAGUUUGUGGAAUUCCGGGAUAAGAACCGCGACGGCAAAAUGGACAAAGAGGAAACCAAAGACUGGAUCCUCCCUUCGGAUUACGACCACGCCGAGGCGGAAGCGCGGCACCUCGUCUACGAAUCCGACCAGAACAAGGAUGGCAAGUUGACCAAGGAGGAGAUCGUGGAGAAGUACGACCUGUUCGUGGGGAGCCAGGCCACGGACUUCGGGGAGGCCUUGGUGAGACACGACGAGUUCUGAGCCCGGAGCCAUUCCCACGUAAUUUAUUGCUUCCAAUUCCUGGGAUUUGAUGGUCGGAAACAUUCGGGGGCUCCUGAGCCCGGCGGGGUCAGGCGCUGAGGUGCAACGUCGCCGACGAAACCCUCUCUUCCCGUCCUCUUUCCAUCUCCUCCUCCCUUCCCAAAGGGACGGGGAGAUGCCGUUGGGAAAAGCCAACGCUUCUUAACGACGCUUUUGGGCUUCAGUUGGGGGGUGUUUUUUGGGGUGGUUUUUUUUUAGAUUGACUCAUUCUCUGACGGUUUGAGCCACUUCUCCUUAUUUUUAUACUCCUGAGGGUUCCACGUGACGUGAAGGAACUUCUCCUCCUCCUCCUCCUCCUCCUCCCAAGAGGAGGCUUCCCCUUCGCCCCCCUCGCUCUUGGCCUUUCCUCCUUGGGGUGGACUCCAACAACCUCAACCCAUCGAGAUCCCAAAUUGACUUAACUAAGCCCAAAACCCCCAUAAUCCUGAUGGAAACCCAGCGCUGAACCAGACCUGGAGUUGAGCCGGGCUCGGGUUGGACCCGUCUUGGCCAACCCAAUGGCUCUUGUCCUGCUGGAAGAGCUGGAACCACCAAACCUCCUCUCCAUUGGCCUCAAUGGGCCACCAGUCUGUCCUCCAGUCAUUGAUGGGCCUGUUAAUGAAGCACCAUCAACCCCAACGUGGUGGAGGCUUCUUGUUGCCCAUCCAAGGGUUUUCCUGCUUCUUCCACCCCGGAAUGUCGCUCCAAGUGCCUUUAAUCCACCCCAACCCCCCCCAUUCCGAGGAGGAACGGCCCGGCCAGGGCGGGAUGAUGAUGAUUAAUGAUGUUAAUAUUAAUAUUAUCCAUAAUUCAUUUGUUUUUAAACCACGUGGAUCUGGGAAUGUCACGAUUCCAUCCCGGCACCAACAUGGAUCCGUCUCCGGUUGAGAGGUUGGUGCCGGUCACUGGUUGAGGGGGUGCAUGGAAAACCCACCCGGAUUCCACCCUAAAUCCCGCUCCAAGCACAGGGAUAGUUGCUCUUCCCGGUUGGGUUUGGAUAGAGCUCAGUGGUGGAUCCGAUGAUCCCGCUCUGGGAUUCGGCUCCAAGUCCCUCUUCCCGAAAGGAUUUGAAGCCGGGAGCAGCAUUAACGACUCCGAACACUAAUUUCCUUCCGGAAUUCCCUUCCCCUCCUCCCAGCGUGUCUGUUCCCUGGGUUUUUGUUGGGAUGGGUUCAGUUGUGUCCAAGUGGGGCUCAAUAAAUCCCGGUUCCAUCCCCCCC